GCCUUUACGGGCCGGUCUGGUUUUACUGAUAAAUUAGUGAAUUCCUCUCAAACAAACAAAAGCUACAGUUAAAUAUAAUGGGCGACAAAGGAGAUGGAGAAACCUUUGAUGAUGCGGUUGAGGAGAGGGUUAUCAAUGAAGAGUAUAAAAUAUGGAAGAAGAACACUCCAUUUUUGUAUGAUCUGGUGAUGACACACGCUCUGGAGUGGCCCUCGCUAACUGCCCAGUGGCUACCUGACGUGACCCGGCCUGAAGGAAAGGAUUAUUCGGUGCACAGAUUAAUCUUGGGUACCCACACAUCGGAUGAACAGAACCAUCUACUGAUUGCAAGUGUACAGCUUCCUAAUGAAGAUGCACAGUUUGAUGCGAGCCACUAUGACAAUGAUAAAGGUGAAUUUGGAGGCUUUGGAUCAGUGUCAGGUAAAAUUGACAUUGAGAUCAAAAUCAACCAUGAGGGUGAAGUGAACAGGGCUCGCUACAUGCCACAGAAUCCCUGUGUGAUUGCCACCAAGACUCCUUCCUCUGAUGUGUUGGUCUUUGACUACACUAAGCAUCCAUCAAAACCUGAGCCUUCUGGAGAAUGCCAUCCUGACCUCAGAUUACGUGGGCAUCAAAAAGAAGGCUAUGGUUUAUCUUGGAAUCCAAACCUUAAUGGUUACCUGCUGUCUGCAAGUGAUGACCAUACAAUAUGUCUGUGGGACAUAAACGCGACGCCUAAGGAAGGUCGCGUCAUUGAAGCUAAGUCGGUGUUCACUGGACACACGGCCGUGGUUGAGGAUGUCGCCUGGCAUCUCCUGCACGAAUCACUGUUCGGCUCUGUGGCGGAUGAUCAGAAACUCAUGAUUUGGGAUACAAGAUGUAACAACACAUCAAAGCCCUCUCACACAGUAGACGCGCAUACAGCUGAAGUCAAUUGUCUCAGCUUCAAUCCCUACUCUGAAUUCAUUCUAGCUACAGGCAGUGCUGAUAAAACGGUGGCGCUAUGGGACCUCCGGAACCUGAAGCUGAAGCUGCACUCAUUCGAGUCACACAAGGACGAGAUCUUCCAAGUGCAAUGGUCGCCGCAUAACGAGACUAUCCUUGCCAGCAGUGGUACUGACAGAAGGCUUCACGUGUGGGAUCUGUCGAAGAUAGGCGAGGAGCAGACAACCGAGGAUGCCGAGGAUGGUCCUCCUGAGUUACUGUUCAUCCAUGGUGGACAUACAGCUAAGAUAUCAGACUUCUCAUGGAACCCCAACGAACCGUGGGUUAUCUGCUCUGUGUCUGAAGACAAUAUUAUGCAGGUAUGGCAGAUGGCUGAGAAUAUCUACAAUGAUGAGGAACCCGAGACGCCCGCGUCGGAGCUGGAAUCUGGAGUGAACGUGAACCACGGCUAGCUCUGCGCAAGUGUAGCCGGAUUCCACCAUACGAGCCUCGCUCCACUGUAUGACUCUAUGUACGUAACUGUGACAACUACACAAAUACAGUACGCGUUAAUACUCCACUCUCCAUCAGGCUACAUUAAAGUUUAUCUUUUUACCCUCUCCCCAAUAAUGUUAGUGAUUAUUCAUAUCUCAUUUCCUCUGUGAAAUCGCCUACAAUUCCAACGCCAGAACCACUUAACGCGUACUGUACUGUCACACGGGCUCUAUAACAAGUUUCAGUUUAAAAUAUGGAAAUUAUAUGUAGAGCUCUUUCAUAAUAAUAAAUUCGUUCUUAAAGUUU